ACAUAACUUUGAUUGUCGUGUAUUCAUUUGAUUUGAAUCUAUAAACUGGUGAUUAAGCACUUUGAUAUGCUAUUCAUUGUAGUGAGAUUUUAUUUUCAUUUGUCAAAAGUGGUGAGGGCGAAACUGGUGAUCGCAAAAAGUGUGUACGUCCCCAGCGUAAAUGACGCCUAUGCAGAUCAGUAUGUUCAUUAUAAUUUUGCAGUAGUAGUACAUUUCAACAUCUGCCGCACUGGGGAAACGAAUAAUCAGUUUGAUAGCCUCCCAUAUCAGACAUGAUUCUGUUGCUGUGGGCAUGCGAAUUUAGGUCCUUAGUGUCUGGCGAUGAAAAGGGGGCCUUGCCUGCCUCUGCAGCUACUGAAAAGUCCACUGACACAGAGUGCAGCCUGAAGCUAUGACCACUGGGAGAGAGAGGUUUGUAAUUAACUCAGGUACCUGGUGAAUUCUUGUGACGUAGUCGCUGCUGAAGUGCAGGGGGAGAGUGCGCGAUGGAGGCGGGUCGGAGAGAGGUCUCUCUUCGCGCUCUGAGGUUCUUUGAGUCAGUAGUUGCGCCGGAGCACCCCAGGGUCGGACACCGCGCAGAGGUGGAAAGUUACACCGCUCAAGAUAUAAGAAUCGAUGUGUAUACAUCAUCUUCUGAACCUUUACCUCAGUGUCUGUAGAGGAAGACUUGUUUUCAUGUGCCCGGUUAACACUCCCCAUUGUCCAAAAGCCUUAAGCUGUCACUCUCUUGCUCCUCCGUUAACCCCGCCAGUGACCAACAAAACCCGAGUUGGAAAGAUGCACAAGGCAUGACACAGAAGUGGUGGACAAAAGAGUCGUCUAGCCCUCUGCCUGAGCAUGGCACUCUUAACGCCGGACAAUAGGAGUAGGGCAUCGGACAUGUACCCCUGUAGGCAGUUGUGUGGCUCGGCCAGCUUUGUGAGACACGGGUCCCCUUUAGUUUGAAGAACUGGAAGUACGGUGAAAGUGGACAAAGAGAUUACACGCUGCCAUAAAGACACACCACCUCAAGUCAUGGGGAUACAACACCUCCUGCUACUUUUGAUAUAUUUGGACCCUUUGAAUGUACUCUGCGCAGCCACGGGCAAGAAGAGUAAAAAUGCUCCAAAGCGGAAGGUAAAAGAAGAGAACAGUACUGUCGCUCCCACCGAGGUGCCACGGAAGGUGACACAGCUCCAGACGCCUGUGGUGGUCGGUGAUCAUGACAUCUGCCUGGGCUACUUCGACGUUAGCGGACAGUACGAUAAAGAAUUCGAGUGCAACAACACAGAUCAUAGGUACUGCUGCGGAAGUUGUUACCUGCGGUUUUGUUGUAACGAAAAAGCAAAGCGCUUAAAUCAGAAAAUAUGCAGAAACUACGUGACUCCAGACUGGAUGAUCAAAACUCCGUCUCCCUCACCCACGCCUACAGGAGACACAUACGACCCUGAACUAGAUCGAACAAACACUACUGUCUAUGUCACAUGUGGCGUGAUAGCUUUGAUAAUCGCAAUAGGAGUUUCUGUAAAAAUCGCAUAUGACAAAGUUAUAAAUCCCCCUCAGGAAAUGAACGUCCACAGAGCGCUUGCGGACAUCAUGAGGCAGCAAGGCACUGCUCCGAUCCCCCAGUAUGAACAUGAAAGCAUUGCACCGAUCGACAACUCUCCGCAGGAGAACACGCCUGUGCGGACAUUAAAGAAUCACUACACCCCGGUCCAUGCCAAACCCAACCAUGGCCACUAUGGGAAAGAAGCCUUCCUCCGCAGUGCCAGCCAAGAUCCCCACAGCUAUCUCUCCUCUGGGUUUGUGACGCUUGGACGAGGGCAUCUCAAAGCCCAGCAUUCAGUUGACGAGUUAGGGAUGUCCUGGAGGGAUAGUCUGGAUGUGCCCAUGUCCUACAAUAAUCACCAACAUGACUACGGGAGCCAUCUAGAUCUCACAGCCCACACUCCUAAAAUGGCCCACAGAAUCGAGCGAUACGAGAAGCCGCGGAAGAACAACAUCCUGACCUCCCAGACGGAGCCAUACGACCUGUCCUUCUCCCGCUCCUUCCAGAACCUCACCCAUCUGCCCCCCUCCUACGAGCUGGCCAUCAAGUCUGACUUAACCGACGAUGUGGAUGAGUACUACAGCCGGAAGCGCAGUCACAUGCCCGAUGUGGCUCCGCGGGGGGGUCUGCACACGCAUAUGGUGAAGCUGAGCGGCGAGGGGCCCGGCCAGGGUGGCCAGCAGCAGCAGCAGCAGCCCAGGCAGAAGCCGCGGCGCGUGCAGAGGGCCAUGUCCCAGGACCACGUGCUCUCUCCGGCCCGGGCACCACUCCGCCAGGAGUACAGCCUCGCCCCGUACAGUGGCGGUGGGGGCGGCGGCGGUGGGGGGGGCGGAGGCAGGCCCCUCUCGCCGUACCACGGUCGCAUGCCUUCACAGGAGCAGCUGCUGUCGGCCGACCGACUGCACUCCCAGGACCCCCUGCUGUCGCCGGACAAGAUGCUCUCGUUGCGACGCUCCAACUUCCGCGAGAAGGGCGCCAUGUCGCGGGCGCUCUCGCACGCGGACAUGUUAAUGCCCACCACGCCCGUCAUGGACCGCCACUACAAGAUGACUAAGAUGCACUCGCAUCCCAGUGCCUCCAACAGCGACCACCAACACAACUUGUUGACCGUCAACCCCAGCACCAACAAGCGGCAGGCCUUCGCCUCGCGGCGCACCCACACCGUCGACCACCUCCAGUACAUCCCAGGCCAUCACCACCCAGGCCAUCACCACAACGACCAUCACCACAACGACCAUCACCACAACAACCAUCACCACGACGACUAUCGCACGGCCAGCAAGACCGAAGUAACUGUUUAA